ACGAAUCGAAUCAUCAAUGAUCAAUCGGCGUACCUACCUACCAAACGCAAAAAAUUAAACUUUAAACAACUAACAUCUUAUUGCUGUUUUAUUUGUAACACUACAUGAAAACUAUUUCAAAAUGGUUAAGCUUACAAUUGAAUUAAUUCAAAGUUCGUUGCAAUAUAUGAAUCCUUGUCGAGAUCGAGAAUUGGAUCUUAGAGGUUACAAGAUCCCCCAAAUAGAAAACAUGGGUGCCACUUUAGACCAGUUUGAUACAAUUGAUUUUUCGGACAAUGAUAUCAGGAAACUUGAUGGAUUUCCAUUACUUAAAAGACUAAAAUGCUUGUUUCUAAACAACAACAGAAUUGUACGGCUAGGAGAAAAUUUAGAACAGUAUUUGCCUAACUUGGAAUCCCUAAUAUUAACCAAUAAUAAUAUAUCAGAAUUGGGAGAUCUUGAUCCAUUGGCCUCAUUGACUAAGCUUCGAACACUUUCUCUCAUGCAUAAUCCAGUUGCCAAUAAACAACACUACAGGGCAUAUGUGGCAUUUAAAUUACCAGAACUAAGGCUUCUGGACUUCAGAAAGAUCAAACAAAAGGAAAGGGAUGAAGCAAAUACACUAUUCAAGAGUAAAAAGGGAAAAGAAAUUCAGAAAGAAAUUACAAGAAAAGCCAAGACAUUUGUGCCUGGAGGGAACAUGCCAGAUCCAAAAGUUACAAAUCUUACGCCCCAAGAGAUACACAAAAUCAGGGAAGCCAUCAAGAAUGCGUCAUCAUUGCAAGAGGUGGAGCGGCUAACGAGGAUGUUACAGGCCGGCCAGAUACCUGGACAAAAGCCUUUACCACCACAAACACAACAAAAUGGGCAACAAGAAGAAGAUGAAGAGAUGGAUACGAGCCAAAGUAAUGGACAAUAAUUAAACAAUAUUUUUGUGUAAGGUAUUAGCUAUAAGAACAGAUACUUCUUAAAAUUCUUUCUAUACUCACAUAUUUUGCUGAUAAGAACAGAACACUUCAGAAUAUUAUGCGAAAAAGAUUGAUACUACACCAGAUACUACCAUUCCUCAUAUAAGUUUUACAAACUCCCACAAUUAACUUUGAAUAAUAAAAUAUUUUAAGUAUAAA